AUGAGUGAGAAACGUAACUGCAAUAGUGGGAAUGCAAAUUCUCAAAAGAGGAAGAAAUUCAAAGUAUCUUCUGGAUUCUUAGAUCCUGGUACAUCUGGAGUAUAUGCCACAUGCUCUAGAAGACAUGAACGUCAGGCUGCUCAAGAGUUGCAGCUUCUAUUUGAAGAAAAGUUUUUAGAACUUUAUGGGGACAUCAAGGAUGAAGAAGAUGAGAAUGAAAACGACAAAAAGGAAGAAGAACUAUCAAUUGAAGACCAAAUUAAAAAGGAACUACAAGAAAUCAAGGGCGAAGAGUUCAGCAAACAUUCAUCUACAGGAGAAACAAAGAAAAAGGACCCCAUAACAUUCAUAGAUUUGAACUGUGAAUGUGUGACAUUUUGUAAAACAAGAAGGCCAAUUGUUCCUGAAGAAUUUGUACUAAGUAUCAUGGAAGAUUUAGCUGAUCCCAAAAAUAUGGUUAAACGUACUAGAUAUGUUCAAAAAUUGACCCCAAUUACGUAUUCUUGUAACGCAAAAAUGGAACAACUUAUCAAAUUGGCCAAUUUGGUUAUUGGGCCACACUUUCAUGACCCAUUAAAAGUUAAAAAAGAUUACAAGUUUGCCGUAGAAGUGACAAGGAGAAAUUUCAAUACAAUUGAAAGAAUGGAUAUUAUCAAUGAGAUUGUCAAGCUAGUUAAUAAAGAAGACUCCGAAUUCAACCAUACUGUGGACUUGAAGAACUAUGAUAAACUGAUUCUCGUGGAAUGUUUCAAGAGCAAUAUCGGCAUGUGUGUGGUGAAUGGAGAUUAUAAGACUAAAUAUCGGAAAUAUAAUGUUCAGCAACUAUAUGAGUCCAAAUUCAAAAAGGAGAACGAUAAAAAUGAAAAAAAAUAA